UACUAUGUAACGCAUUGUAGUGGCAAGCCCAGUUCAGCCCUCCACUCUAAAGUUUGAAAACAAACACAUAUGACAUCACGCAUAACUAACACAACUGCUGUGUUAGAAACUUCGGGUAAUACUAAUACAUGAACCUUCCGUCUUCUCUUCAAUCAAAACGACAUCCAACUAUCCAAGUCUCUUAUGCGAUGGCUUCUAUUGAAGGAGGUUCUGCUUCUUUACAUGUGAGAGGAUCCAAGAAGGAGCAAGUUGCUCAGAUCAAGAAGAGCUAUGAGAAUGAGAAGGAGAAGAAGAAGAGUGCGAGAUAUUCGCAUAUCCCGAGAUUUUCUUGUUUGAAAACCAAAACAGACGAGAUGGGGAAUUUCGACUUGGAGAUGGAGGUCAAAACUGAUCAAGGAGACCGGCCGAGUCCUACUCACCUCGUUGUAAUGGUUAAUGGUAUUAUCGGGAGUGCUCCAAAUUGGAAAUAUGCUGCAAGACAGUUUUUGAUGAAGUAUCCUGAGGAUCUAAUUGUUCACUGUAGUAAGCGUAAUUCUUCAAUGUUGACAUUUGAUGGUGUUGAUGUAAUGGGAGACAGAUUAGCACAAGAGGUAAUAUCAGUCAUUAAACGUCGUCCAAGUGUCCAGAAGAUCUCAUUUAUUAGUCACUCCUUGGGUGGCCUGAUAUCAAGGUAUGCCAUUGCUAGGCUUUAUGGACGAGAUGUCACCAGUGAACUUCCCCAAGGAAAUGGAGAAUAUAGGGAUAAUGGAUCUGGAGAUACAUUCCAGAAUGGAAAAAUUGCUGGGCUGGAGCCCAUAAAUUUUAUAACCUCAGCGACUCCUCACCUUGGUUCAAGGGGUCAUAAGCAGGUCCCAGUAUUUUGUGGCUUUUACACCCUGGAAAAAGCAGCUGCCCGUACAUCCUGGUUUCUUGGUAGAACUGGGAAACAUCUAUUUUUGACUGACAGUGAUGAAGGAAAACCUCCUCUUCUUCUUCAGAUGGUCACUGACUGUGAAGAUCUUAAAUUUAUAUCUGCCUUGCAGUCCUUCAGGCGUCGCGUAGCCUAUGCAAAUGCACGCUUUGAUCACCUUGUAGGGUGGAGUACAUCAUCACUGCGGCUUCCGGAUGAGCUCCCAAAGAAGCAACAUCUUAGGAGAGCUGACAAGUACCCACAUGUUGUAAAUGUGGAGACAGCAAAAACAGCAAGUCCUCGAGAAGAAAUCAAUUUGGAGAGCAUAAAACCUGGAAGUGAAACUGCUGACAUUCAAGAGAAAAUGCUCAGAGGUUUGACGGCUGUGAGCUGGGAACGGGUUGACGUUAACUUCAGUGGAAGCAAGCAAAGAUUUCUGGCUCACAGUACCAUUCAGGUGAAAACCUAUUGUAUCAAUUCUGAUGGAGCUGAUGUGAUCCAACAUAUGAUUGACAAUUUUAUCCCUUGAAAGGUUCCAAGUUGUUAUAGUUGCAUUUUAAAUGCAAUUUUCAGUGGCUUCUUGAGCUAUUGAAAUCUAUGAGGGAAUCCUAGUUUUAGUGACUUAAAUCUGAACCUGGGUUCAAGGCAGCUAUUAUGGCAGAUCUCCGCAAUUUAGACAAAAAUGGAAUUGUGAUGCUUGAUCUUGGGUAGAGAUGGGCGAUAGUUUAGCACAGACCAUAGUAAAGAAAGAGAAAUGAGGGAGAGAGAGACACAUUGAUGUAAUUCUUAUUUAGUAUUAUUCCUAAUAACCAGAAGUUCUAAAUAUAGAAUAAAAGGUUAUAUUACAUUUUACUUCGGGAAGGUGUGGGAAUAGAUGGAUAUUAAUUUGUAUUCAGGUUAGACAGCCUAGCUAUAAGCUCAAACAAUGUGAAUUGAAAUACCCUCAUUCUUAUUGA